AUGGGUAAAAGACUAUUUUACCCUCUCUUGGCCAAAGGCCACAUCGCUGACCAAACCCUAAAGUCAACGGCCAACCCUUGGUCGAAAUCAAAGUCCUCAGUCUAAGUCAACCCCUGACUGACCCUACUCGCCGAGUCAACCCUGUGACUCGUCGAGUUCCCAUAAUCAGAACUUCACUCAAUCUGCGACCUAACUCGCCGAGUCACCCCGAGACUCGCCGAGUCCAACAACUCUGAGUCCACUCGCACACGACUCACCGAGUCAUCCCUCGACUCACCGAUUCUCGACUCAACCAGAGAAUAUUUGGGACUCUUCGACAAGACUCGUCGAGUCCAAGAACAGACUCGCCGAGUUGUUCAUACAACUCGCCGAGUUCCAGGCCAUCUUCAUCCAACUCGUCGAGUCCACCCAUGUGACUCGCCGAGUACCGCCGAUCUGAAUACAUUCCGAAGCAUUCCAGGCCAUGCAACUGCUCCAAGACAUAGAUCUAGCCUCCUACCACUCAUCCAUCACGUAAAGGGCAAACUUUACGUGAAUCCAAAGAGAUCUAAGCCGUUUGCACAUUGGGGCUAGGGUUUGGGACAUGCAAGCUUCACUAAACACUCCAACACAGGGACUUUCAUGCUCUCUGAUUCUUCUCCCUUCCAGAUCUGAGGUAGCAACCUCAGAUCUAACCUCUAGACUUCCCAUUUCAUCCAUAGAUAAUUUCUCACAAAUCCCAAAAUGAAGAAACAACAUAACAACAGGCCAAAAACGAGAUAUUACCUCUAAGUGAUGCCCCAACUGCAAUGCAAUUCGAAUCCAAGCAAAGCCCCUUGCUCCAAGCCUUCAAUCUUCCCAAAAUUCCUUCAACCAUUACUUCUCCAAGCUCCAAUCCACUCAACAAUGGUGCUUCUCCGCGAUUUAGGGUUUUCUGGGGCUCAAGGGGUGAUAAAGAGGCUGGGAGGAAGACAUAAUGAUCAUUAUAUAAGGCUCAACCCCGAGAAUUAAGGUUUUCUCCACUCAGCGCCUACUCGCCGAGUCCAAUACACUGACUCGCCGAGUCGGCCACUUAACACGCGACCAAGUCGCAACUCUACUCGCCGAGUCCACACAUGGACUCGCCGAGUCGCUCUUUCCCAAUUUACUCUUUUAGCCCUACAACUCUACUCUUGGUAUUUCGGGAUGUUACACCAAGUACUCUACUCUUUCUAUCAUGUGCUACUCAUAAGUGCCUCGCUGCUAUCUAAAUCACUCUUAAGCAUCUCUAGCAGCAAAACCCCUAGACUAAGGCAUCAUAUAUCAGGCCACUCUAGUCCUAAUAAGAAUACCUAGUCUACUCUAGCAUGCAUAUCGUAACUCAUCAUAUAGCAUACAUAACAUAUCUGGUAAUCACUUAUUAGGAGGGUAUUUUGGGAAAUCACCGUUCGGGCGUUGGUUGAUCGUACACACGGCUCUGCUCUGUUUGUCUCAAAACUCUUUUUACUCUUUUUUUUUAAAAUAUUAUUUUUAUUUUUAUUAUUAAAAGUUUCCUCAAAUCCCCAGUUUGAGUUCAGAUACGCCCGAAGAUAUAUCUGAGUCUCUCAAACCAAGGCUCUGAUACCAACUUGUAACGCUGUAAAAAAAAUUUUGAACAAUUUUUCACUUUUGAAACCCAUGAAAUAUCAUUUGAAACCAUAAACAAAUCAUUGUAUCAACAUUGUAUCAAUACAAAACCCAAGAUCUAUAUAUAUAUAUAUAUAUAUAUAUAUAUAUAUAUAUAAUAUAUAUAUAUAUAUUAUAUAUAUAUAAUAAUAUAUAUAUAUAUAUAUAUCCCUUAUUCUAAUAAAACAAUCCUUUUAAUCCACGUGGCAUCUCUCAGCCCAUAUUUUUACAAAGUUAAUUACCUAUUUUGCCCUUUUCCCAUUUGUUUUCCAGCAAUCACUUCUAAUUACAUUGUCAAAUUGAAUUACAAAUCGUCUAUCAGUAACGAUAAUCUCUCCCCCAAUUUUGUCUUCUGUUUUUGGGAACCAAUCACCUUCUAUCUUUCCAGCUCUUUUUAAGAAGCCCUACAUCAACGUAGUUUAUAUAAUUUGAUCGUCACUAUUGCGUUGAUGGUUCUUCCUCUAUAUCGAUCGACGGUUCUUCUUAUAUGAUGAAGAAUUAUACAUCUUAGAUGAUGAAGAAUCCAACAGUUGUAAAGCCCAAUUUCAAGGGUAUUCUUUGAUAUUGUUCAGGUUUGUAUUUUUCAUUUUAUACUUUGACUCCCAUUGCUAAAUCAACUAAUUUGUAGGGUUUUUUUUUUUGUUGUUCGACUUCAUUCAUGGAGUUUCUUCACGGACGGAAUUUGAUUUUGUUUUUUUCUGGUGUUAUAUUGGUUGAAGGAGUUGGAAGCAUCAUGAAAGGUAUGCGUUUUAGGCAAUAAUUACACCACGAACCCCUUUUGCUUAUUUUCCACUUUCUUAUAUUUCCUUCGGUAUCAGAUAGAAUUGAAGCUCUCACCACCACCAUCAACCUAUAUACCGUUGCAUCUCACUAACUAAUCCAUACUUUUAAUCAUCAUAUUCUUCUCCUUCUUUCCAUCUUUGUUAAUACAUUUAGGAUCAAAUAAAGUGUUGUUCCUAUUCACUUCGUUGUUUUCGAUCAUCUUUUUUCCAUGGGUUUUUAGUGCAUCAUCUCAGUUAAGAUUGAAAAAUAAUGAGACAUGGGCUUUGAAGUUUGAGUGGAAAUGGAGGAUGAGUUCAUCAAGAAUCUUUUAAUGCCAAGGUUGGUUCCGUUCUGAAGCAUAUUCCUUCUCUUAUGUGACGAAACCAUCAUCGUCAAUUCUCUUCUCCAAAUUUCAAUCUGGACAACAGCCUUCCAAUCUGAAUCACUAUUCCUCCCCUCAUUGGGUAUGAUCCUUAAUUUUAUGAUUUAUCAACUUACAACACAUCUUUUUUGUAUAAUGGAUGUUUUAACGGAUUAACUUAGUGGGAUUAGGGUUAUUGUAAUUCUUAUCAACACAAUAAUUUUAAUCAAUGUUGUCUUCCCAAAGGUCAUCAUAUAUAAUCUGAAUCACUAGCUUCUAUCGAGUGGGCAUAUAAAGGGUGUUUGAAUGUACCUUUUGGAGGUGAUUGUGAUAUUGCAUAGUUAUAAUCCCAUAACAAGCCAUAAUAAAUUAGUUAUUAUAGAGUGAUUAUGUAACUGUGGUAUUGAAUAACUAUAACAUUGUGCUGACAGUGCUAUGAAAGUUGUAAUAAUCACUUUAAAUGGUUUAGAUGGAUUGAAAAUUCUGAUUAUCUAAAAGUAUUAGACAUAUAAUUAAUUUUAUUCUACAAUUGAUGAUUAGUUUCAUUGCAGGUAUUAUCAAAGUAAUUGUUCAAAACUGAAUAUUUGAGCUCUAAUUGUUAAAUGCUUUAUUAACCUAAAAACUUUAACACAUAAUCUCGAUUUGCUAAAGGCUUUACUGAAUUCUAAUAAAUUCCUAUCUCAAAACAUCGAAUCCCUGACUUCUGUCCAACUUUCUAAUCUAAAAUCAUAAGAAAGUGAGUUUUUAUAAGUCUUGUUUGAUUCUUUGAGAUUAAAAUGAGAUGCAUUUAGAGGUUUCUUCUACCUUUUGAAGUUCAUUAGUUGAUAUAAUAACUUCAUGCAAAUUUAAGAAUUGCUUUUAUAGUUUAGCAUUUAGGAUUCCAAUAAAAAAAUUUGAAGAAUAUUUCUUUGACUAAAACGAAUAAUUAUAGUAGGUGGAUCUAGAGUGGUAACAGUUGAUUCAGAAGCUGAAUUUAAUACCUUACUUUGUAAUAUUCAAGGUAACAUACUGAUUAUAUGUGUUAUAUGUAUAAUGUUUAUACUUAUGGUUUUUAUAAUGUGACCAGAUGAAUCUAUCCCAACGGUCUUUUAUUUCACUGUUGUCUGGUGUGGGCCACGUAAGGAUUUUAUUUUUUCUCUCUCUCUCUCUCUCUCUCUCUAUAUAUAUAUAUAUAUAAUAUAUAUAUAUAUAUAUAUAUAUAUAUAUAUAUAUAUAUAUAUAUAUAUAUAUAUAUAUAUAUAUAUAUAUAUAUUAUUUUCUCUAAUGCAUCGUUGUUUGCUAUAGGAAUUGAGUUCUUAAACGUACUCUUCAUUUUAUCUUGUUUUACACUCAAUGUCAAGUAUAUAUUUUUUUCUUUCACGCGUAGGUUUGUAGCUCUUUUUAUUAGGGAGUUGAGUGAGUAAUCCACUAAUGUCACCACUUAUAAGAUUAAUAUUGAUCAAGUUAACGCACCUUCAUACUUCUAAGUAUUUCAUUCAUUUCAUAUAUCUCGGUUUUUAGUUUAUGCAAAAGACGUUAAUGCCCUUCUUAUUCCCAUCAUUGAAAAAGCCCGACAAUGUUAAUGAAUUUGUAUUUAUAAAAGAUAAGUAAAGAAAAGGUUUCAUAAGGUAGGAUUUUUAAUUAUGAAUUUUUAUUUUAUAUGUUUGUAUAUGUUCAAUUGCGCGAAGGUACGGGGAUGCAUUGGCAAAGUUAA